ACUGAGGUUCUGGAAAGUAAGGAGGCCAUCGGAGAGCCACUUCCUCCAGCCAGUCUUUUCUUCAUUCUCCAGUGCUUUUAAAGCUCAAACAAAAAUCCUAUGUAUGAAUCCCAGGAGCUCGGAGCAUGGCGACCCCACUGAAUGUGGGAUUGUGGGGACCAGGAGAAUCUGGGAGGCCUUCCUCUAUAGACUGCACAAGAGACAGGGAAGCCCAAUAAGGGGAGGUCUCUUCCGCGCCAUGGGUGGCCAUGUUGCUGGAGGAUUCUGUCUGCAGACCUUGGAUGAAAUCUGGGUUAUCCCUUAUUGUCCCACAUCCAGCUCUCUGCUUCUAAGGCGGCUGCUCCCAUGUUGCCACCCAGCCUAUACUCACCACCCCAGCCUUGGAAAGGCCCCGUGCUGGAGGUUGGCACAGAUGAUUGCCUGUAUCUGCCUUGUGGGGAGCAGUAUUAUCAGACGCUUUGAGGCAUCCAGAUCAUGGUCCCUGGUGCCAGAGGAGACCCCAGAUAUCCAGUAUUUGUGACAUAGCCCUGGGAAAGUUCUCAGCCUUUCCAUUUUUUAACCUUACCUCUGCUGGGAGCAAGAAGCAAUUGAGCCCAAACUCAAAAACUUGGAAAGUCCUAGCCAAUGCCUGUCACUCACCCUGGUGCUCAGGUUUUACCUCCUCCUCCUGCCACCUUCACUCCCAUUUUGGAAGGUAGAACUCAAAGAGGGGACGAAGUAUGUGAGAAGUCCCAAGGCCUUUGGCAGCCCAGAGAGGUCCGGAGCUAAGUAGCUCCUUCAGGUGUCCUCGUUGGCCUGGAGAGCGCUCACGGCUCACAUCCAUUCAAUCCCAGAGACCAGGAACCCCAGCUGCAAGUCUGAGCCAGCGGCAUGCUGGGCUUGCUAUUGUGCAUGUGGCUGCUGCACCCGCCAGCCAUCUAUCCCUAUUAGCUGAGGUGCUUGGGGCACUGAGAGAUGGCCAGGUACUAUCUUCUUGGGGACAAAGCACAAAGCCUACUGUGGGGAUGGGAAAGAGGGGUGACCAGCACAAAGGACAUUUGCAAAGCACACCUCACUUGGUGAUGGGAGGUACCCAGGACUCUUGUUUCAGAUCACAUCCCGAUGUCUGAGGUUGAUCACUGGGACUUUGUGCUUUGUUCCUAUGGUUUUCUUAGCGAGGGCUGUGCAGGGUGGGCUCAAGUGCAGGCGCAGGAGUUUGUGCUGUCUUAGCCUCUGCUCACUCACACAUGCACUAACCCGGGCUCUGGCGUAUGCUGCUGAUGGCACUGUGCUGGGUGAGGCUGUGGGUCUCCAUGCCCAUCUCUUCUUGGGCCCUCUCCCCCUACCAGAGAAGAGACCAUCACCACGGUAGUGAAGAGUCCCCGAGGCCGACGACAGUCUCCUAGCAAGUCUCCCUCCCGUUCACCCUCCCACCGCUCUGCCAGUCCACUGAGGCCAGGGCUGUUGGCCCCCGAGAUGCUGUACCCACCAGGGACCAGCCCAUCCCGGAGACUUGAGGUAGAAGCAAGCAGGAAGGCCCCAGUGCCUGCAUUAUAUGUGACAGAAGCUGAAGCCAUCGCUCCAGCCUCGCAGCCCAAGCCCAAGUGGUUAGAGGUUGAGGAAACCAUUGAAGUCCGGGUGAAGAAGACAGGGUCACGGGGUGCAUCUCCUGUCCGAGAGAUGCCCAGCAGUGGAGAGGGGAUCCUCUUCACACUGCCUAGUGGGAUCGCUGGCAGGGACCCAAAUGCCAACAACUCCAACAACAAGAGUGUGUCCCAGGAAGCUCGGACCAGCAGCCCCCCUAUAGUCCACGUUGGUAAACCCUUCGUCUUCCAUGUGGACCCAAUGGGCAAUGUGGACUGGGCAGCUGCCAGCCAUGAGCCAAAGGAGGUCGGAGCCCACCAGGAGGAAGAGAACAUUGCAAAGGAUGAAGGAGACAGCGACAGAGAAGAAAAUACCGUCCUACUAGAAGAACCCCAGGACGCGGGUAGCCUUCAGGGCCGUGACCCCAAAAUCCUCACGCACAAUGGCCGGGUACUAACAUUGGCUGACCUGGAAGAUUACGUACCCCAGGAAGGAGAGACUUUUGGCUGUGGGGACCCCACCCCCAGCACCCCUGAUGAACCUCCCUGCGAAGUCUCCGUGCUCCAGAGAGAGAUCAGAGAGCCCACUGUGGGGCAACCUGUCCUACUCAACGUGGGGCGUCCUCCAGGCCCCAGUGCCAUGCCCAGCUUCUUCAGGUCAGGACCCCAGGUCCACAGCCCCGAGGGUGUCUCCUUCCUCUUGCGUGAGGCCUGGACAGGGCCAGUGGGUGCCACCCCUUGGACAAGCUCCUUCCGCACCCAUGUCCAGAGUUCUGUAGAUGGCGGCCAGAAUAGCUUCAAGACAGAGGUCUCUACCCAGACAGUCAGCUUUGGGGCCGUAGGAGAGACAGUCACUCUGCAUAUUAACCCAGAUGGGGGAGAGGCCCCAGGCCCCUCCCAGGGUUGAUGCCACACCCUGGGGACAACAAGGCUAGGCGAGUGGCCCAGAGCCUCGGGCCCUGCCAGGUACCAGCGUCUACCCUGGAAUCCACAGCUUACCUCAGGGACCUUCCACCCCCUGCUCUUCUCCAGCCUGGGAUGGAGUCUUCCUUGCUUUCCUGCCCAGUCUUUUCUACCUCACUGGACUUGUUCUCUGCCGGGAAGACGGGGAAGUACCUGAAGUACCUGCCGUGUUAGAAUACGCUGCUGUCACAAGAGCUCUGGCCAGGAGCAGCUGAGAGGCCCCGGCUUUGGACUUCACCCCGCAAUCCUUCUGUGGGGCUCUCAAAACAAGAUGUGGACUUGGGUGUUUGCCCUGAGACAUAUCCCGACUGAGGGUCUUCCCUAGGGCUGCACCCAAGGCAUGUGUUGGCCGGCCACCAGCUCUGUGGAUCUUUAGGGCCACAUCUGUGGUGGACACAUGCUGCAGGGCGGGAGGAACUCCCAGGCCAUUACCCUGAUGAGAACAAUAAAACAAGUCCCAAACCCUC